GUGCUGCGGUAUAUUAAUAGGAGGCGAUAUGUGUCCAGAUCUCUUUGACUCUCAGAGGCUUUGCGCGGGCGCGCCGUCCACGGGCCUUUAGCCAGCUGUCUGUACAUGUGCUCACACUGUCACCAGCUCCAUCGCCGAAACCAUGGAGGUCCUGGACGCCCUCAAUCUGGGCGAAUUGGCCCAAUAUUUCUCCAAAAUGGCCAUGUUUCCUGUCUUUGAUCUGGCUUAUUACAUCGUGUCCAUCCUCUACCUCAAGUAUGAGCCAGGCUCAGUGGAGGUCUCCCGCAGAAGCCCAGUGGCCUCAUGGCUCUGCGCAAUGCUCUACUGCUUUGGGAGCUACAUCCUCGCAGACAUCAUGCUCGGACACAGCCCCAUCGAUUAUUUCCAUAAUAACAGCCAUAUCCUCCUGGCCUCAGCUGUAUGGUAUCUCAUCUUCUACUGCCCACUUAACUUGUUCUACAAAUGCGUCGCAUUCCUGCCUGUAAAGCUUGUGCUAGUAGGCAUGAAGGAAGUCGUCCGUACUCGCAAAAUUGCCGCUGGAGUCCAUCACGCUCAUCACGCCUAUCACCAUGGAUUUUUCAUUAUGAUCAUCACCGGUUAUGUUAAGGGAUCUGGAGUAGCUCUCAUGUCAAAUUUUGAGCAACUGUUGCGUGGAGUUUGGAGACCAGAGACCAAUGAAAUCCUCAACAUGUCAUUCCCAACCAAAGCCAGCCUGUAUGGAGCCAUUCUGUUUACACUUCAGGAGGCGCACUGGAUUCCUGUGUCAAAGAGCAUGCUUAUCUGCCUUUUCACUCUUUUCAUGGCUACUUCUAAGGUGGUCAUGACUGCUCGCCACUCUCACGGAUCUCCCUUCGCUCUGGUCGAGUCCUGGGUGUCCCACCUGCUCUUCGGGUCACCUCUUGCUGUUGAAGAUGCUCAUAAUCACCAUCACACUGCCCCCGCUGCUGCCGCUGCUCCUGCCUCUCCGUCCAAAUCCAAGGAGGAACUGAGUGAAGGAACUCGCAAGAGAAAAGUCAAGAAAGCAGAAUAGACGGCCAGCUCAUUAUUAUGAGGCAAAAGAAGAAAAACAACUAGUAUCUGAUCUCAGGCCGCUUUUUGAUACCUGGGUUUAUAGUCAUUAUCGGGAAGACAGUAAUUUAAUGUUCGCUGGUUAAAGCAUGUUUUUAAUGGUGCUUUAAAGGAAAGAUAGUAUGUAGGGACUCUGUAAAUAGUUCAUCAAACAUUCUCAUCUUUCCUGUUCAUUCAUAAUGGAUAUCUCGAUUUAUUAUGUGCCUUGCAGUCUGUCAGUGGAGCUCCAUUCUUCUGUCGGUGGUGAACUAUGUUAUAGACCUAUAAGCCCAGUGAAAAGGUGAAACUGUCCCAUUUAGAUCAACAUACUGUAUGGGUUUGGAAAGAAGCAAAGUACACAUUGUACAUGGAUGAUCUUUAUAUCAUAAUGCAUUUGACAGUACAACAUUUUCAAAAGUAAAACUAUUUUCCAAUCA